ACACACACACACACACACACACACACACACACACACAGCCCUCAGAAUGACACAGAUCUGAUCGGAGGGAGGUGAUCUCUGAAAUUGCUCAGUGAGCACCAAUAAUUUCCCUGAUUUACGUAUCGCUGUCAAUCACACCCAAUGGAAUCCAAUCAGAAGGCAGGGGACGGACUGGCAACCAAUCAGAAGGCAGGGGACGGGCUGGCGGGCACGCAGAAGGAGGCGGCGCUGCGGGAGCUGAUGCAGCGCACCGGGUACCAGCUGCAGCAGGAGAACGGCCAGCGGCGGUACGGCGGGCCCCCCCCCAACUGGGAUGGGGCCCCCCCAGAGCGAGGCAGCGAGAUCUUUGUGGGGAAACUACCGAGAGACCUGUUCGAAGACGAGCUGGUUCCCCUGUGUGAGAAGUUCGGUAAGAUCUACGAGGUGAGGAUGAUGAUGGACUUUAACGGGAACAACAGAGGUUACGCCUUCGUUACCUUCGGCAACAAAAUGGAGGCCAAAGCAGCCAUGAAGCAGCUCAACAACUACGAGAUAAGGACCGGUCGCCUCCUCGGGGUCUGUGCCAGCGUCGACAACUGCCGACUGUUUGUUGGCGGGAUUCCCAAAACCAAGAUGCGCGAGGAGAUCCUGACUGAGAUGAGGAAGGUCACCGACGGCGUCGUGGACGUCAUCGUGUACCCGAGCGCCGCCGACAAAUCCAAGAACCGAGGCUUCGCCUUCGUCGAGUACGAGAGCCACCGAGCGGCCGCCAUGGCCCGCCGCAAACUGCUGCCAGGUAGACACUCAGAUCCAGUAUUAGGGACC